ACCUUUCAUUCCAGCAGAGUGGAUGACCAGAACUAGUAUGAGUCAGAGGCACCAAAGCUUAGAUUCCCAGAGGUGAAGAGGAUCUUAAAGAAUUUUCUCUGCAGUCAGAAUCCACUUUUUUGGACACACGUUUCCUCUCUUACUCUUGGCAAAACUUCUGAAGGGUCUGGACUCCCUCGGUCUGCCCUUUCUGGUAUCGGGGUGAGGGCUAGGUUUCCCUGAUGUAUGGCAAGAACCCGACAUGUGCUGUGCUUCUCUUUUGCAUACAACUCACAGUUGUUUGGCACAUAGCAGCUGUGGAAGUUUAUACCUCCCGAGUAGUAGAGGCUGUUAAUGGGACAGAUGCUCGGCUAAAAUGUACUUUCUCCAGUUUCUCUCCUGUGGGUAAUGCCCUAACAGUAACCUGGAACUUCCGUCCCCGAGAUGGGGGGCCUGAGGAGUUUGUGUUUUACUUCCAUGAGCAGCCCUAUCCACCAACUGCUGGACAUUUUAAGAAUCGGGUGGCCUGGGACGGAAAUGUAAACCGGAAUGAUGUGUCCAUCAUCAUCUGGAAACUACAGUUUAAUGAUAAUGGGACAUUCACCUGCCAGGUGAAGAAUCCACCAGAUGUUGAUGGAGUGAUAGGGGAGAUUCGACUCAGUGUUGUACAGACAGCACGUUUCUCUGAGAUCUAUUUCCUGGCUCUGGCCAUUGGCUCUGCCUGUGCACUGAUGGUCUUAAUAGUAAUUGUGGUGGUCCUCUUCCAGCACUCCCGGAAAAGACGGUGGACCAACAGAGGUCAUGUGGCAGUUGAAAUAGAAUCGUAAGACUGGGUACUUGUGGGAAAACUUCUGACAUCAUCUCAUGGUGACUCUCAUAGUAUUGCUGGUGCAUAAAGAUGUACCUUACUUUAGUCAAGGAAACUAAGUGAAAAUUCAUUUAAAAAAAACCACCUUAUUUAAACAGAACAAAAUUUUUGUUUAAUUUGGAAGCUUAAAUGACCAGAAUUAGGGGUAUUCCUCAAAUUAAAACUGUAAGUGUUCAUAAAAUAGAAAGUAAAUGACUGUUCAGUCUAACUGGAAAAUAAAAUGAAGUAACAAGAGUCUUGAUCCAGUAUAGCCAUGUCUUUAAAGCUGAGAGAAGAAAGCAGUUUUGUAACAUUUUCCUUCUCUCAAGAAUAGAAAAUACAUACGAGAACAACAGCAUGAAAUCAAAUGUAAAAUGUCUCCCAUUGUACUGUGUUGUAUUGUUUCACUAUGUACUGCAUGGUUUUGGUUUAUGCUAGCAGGCAGAAGCAAAUACAUUUUGUACUUUAGUUUUUGCUUUGUAUCUCAGGUGAUUGAGAGUUCCCAAGAACGAGAAGCUCUAAGACAUGCUGGGAUUAAUGGAAAAUUUCCUUCGGCUAUUCCAGUACUGACCCACUCGAACCAACUCUGCUCAUUCACAUCUGUCCUGACACACUGCAAUAGUCCCUUAGGAGCCAGUGCAGGACCCUUCUUGAGGAACACUGCCAGAAUGUUCUUAUUUUCCCCUUACGAAGGUUUUAUUCAAAUUCAAAAUCCAAUGCCAUCAAGCAGGAUGAAAAUGAAUUUUUCCUUCAAAACACCAUAACGUUUCCUUCUGAAGAUGAUGAGAAGCAAUUCUUGAUAUUAAAUCUGAUAUGUAGGUUCUCCGUCAUCUGAUGUCCUCAAUCAGAAGGUGAGAUAAGUCUCACAGUUUCUGUGUUUUGACAGAAGUAAUUUGAAGCUUCAAAUUGUUGGCUUGAAGAAUGAUUUUCUGAGCAGUUGUUUACAGCUCAGUUUUACGUGAUCUUGCGACUCUAAUAUGCAAACUGAACAAAGACCCAUCCUGAGGUUAGAAUCAUUAAGCAAGUUACCACUGGGAUUUGGAAGAUGAUCAUUACAUCUCUGGGAGUUUAGGGAUAGAAGAUUGUAAAAAGGACCCAGAAGUGGUGAUGAAAAUUUUAUAUAGUAUUAUAUUCAGCUCUGAAAAAGUAGGAACAUUGCUGGAGUGAAAGAGUAUUUUUUUUUUUGAGGUUGGGAUAAAAGGGAAUUGGUUUUAUUAUGGUUGAUCCAGAGUAAUGAUGAAAGGGAUUUCUUUUACGUACUAGUAUAUCACUGGUUUAAAACAAACUUUGUAAGUGGGUUUUGGGAAGAAAAGUAUCUUUUUAAAAAAUGCCCAAUUUUCUGUUUUCUCUCAACUCCAAGCCAUGGCAGCUUUUAAGGUGCAGACAUCACAUGGAAGUUUAAGCACAAGAGUGGACUAUACAAUCUGACUGUUGGCAUGUCUUCUUUAGUAACCAGACUGGUGAAUACGUUUCUUCUAACAAACGAAAUAGGUCCAGGGAGACUGCAUAUCCUGGGACUUCCAAAUGUGCUACUUCAAACUGUAAAGACAGCUGAGCCUUGAUUUUGAUCCUUAACAAUUUGUCUUCUUCACAAAAUAGCCCUCCAAGAGUGAAGUUUAGUUCCCUGCUUUUAUACUAGAUAUUUAGGUUUAGGUAUCUAUUACUUUUAAGCCACAUUUCAUUUUAAAAAGUAAAUUAUCUGGAAACACCAUUAUUAGAUAAUUUUCUUCAGACAGAUGGUCUGGAGAGUGUUUUAUAAACAAAAUUAAGUUUUUAAAAAUAAUUUACCUUUAGUCCUGAUUCCAGCAAAACUUGUAGCUUCCUUGUGUCUUGGCUGAAACAUACCAGGAGAAAAUUUUACUUGCUACUUGGAUAUCUAUCCUAAUGGGCCCUUUUGUAUUGUAAUUUAUUUUUUAUUAAGCUAU